UUUGCUUCUUAGCAAAAUGCGACCCCUGACCGAGGAGGAGACCCGAACCUUGUUCCAGAAGCUCUCGAAAUAUAUUGGGGAAAAUAUUCAGUUGCUUGUGGACCGACCUGAUGGCACCUACUGUUUCCGGCUCCACAAAGACAGAGUCUACUAUGUCAGUGAGAAGAUUCUUAAGCUGGCAGUAAAUAUCUCCCGAGAGAACUUGGUGUCUUUGGGGACCUGCUUUGGGAAAUUCACCAAGACCCAGAAGUUCAGAUUGCACAUCACUGCCCUGGAUUACCUGGCACCUUAUGCAAAGCAUAAAGUAUGGGUGAAACCUGGAGCAGAGCAGUCAUUCUUAUAUGGCAACCAUGUGUUAAAGUCUGGCCUGGGUCGAAUCACAGAAAAUACUAAUCAGUAUCAGGGACUGGUGGUUUACUCCAUGGCAGAUGUACCUUUGGGUUUUGGUGUGGCAGCAAAGUCUACACAGGAUUGCAGGAAGGUGGACCCUAUGUCCAUUGUUGUGUUUCACCAAGCUGACAUUGGGGAAUAUGUGCGCCAUGAAGACACACUGAUUUAAUUCUUAUGGACUUGUGACUGAGAGAAAGACCUUUGUUUUUCUCUCGUGGGAGCAGCUGAACUACACAUCCAUCCUUUUACGGACUUACAGAGUGGCCUGUGGAUACAUGUGGUCUUCUGUUGACCAUUCUCACUAUUGCAGAAGCACCAGGGCCUAAUGCAUCGAACACUGGACUUGGAAGUAGGAAGACCAGGGUUUGAAUCUAAUGCUUAG